AUGGUGGCGCUGCUCUCGUUCUGCUCCUUCCUCGCGCCCGUCUCCAGCACGUCGGUACUGGCGGCCACGCCCGAGGUCGCGCGCGAGUAUGCCACCGACGGCACGGUCGUCAAUGUCGUCAACGCCGUGUACAUGCUCAUGAUGGGCCUCAGCCCGGUCGUUUGGGGCCCCAUGAGCGAGGUCUAUGGCCGUCGCAGGGUAAAUCAAGUCACGGCCGUGUUGUUUUGCGGGUGUAGUAUCGGGACCGCGCUCGCGCCGAACCUGGCCGCCUUCUUCGUCUUUCGGGUGCUGACGGCGUUUGAGGGGACGGCGUUCAUCCUGGUUGGGUCGGCUUGCAUUGGCGACAUCUACCGGCCCACCGAACGCGCCACCGCCCUGGGCUGGUUCCUCUCGGGGACGCUUAUCGGGCCCGCCCUGGGACCCUUCAUCGGCGGCAUCAUCGUCACCUACACGUCCUGGCGCGUGAUCUUCUGGCUGCAGACGGGGCUGUCGGGCCUCGCCGCGCUGUUCACCUUCACCCCGCUGCUCCCCGAGACCAUCUACCACCGCAAGGUCGACGACCUAGAGGGUUACUCGCCGCGGCAGAAGCUCACCGUCCUCUGGCGCAUGGUCAACCCGGUGCGGGUGCUGCGCCUGUUCGUGUAUCCGAACCUCAUCGCCGCCAGCCUGGCCUCGUCCGCCGUCAUCUGGAACAUGUACUCGCUGCUCACGCCGAUCCGGUACGUGCUGAACCCGCGGUUCGACCUGACGACGCCGAUGCAGUCGGGCCUGUUCUACCUCGCCCCGGGCACCGGCUACCUCGUCGGGACGCUGGUGGGCGGCCGCUAUGCCGACCACGUCGUGAAGCGCUGGAUCCGGAGGCGCGACGGCGUGAGAGUGCCCGAGGACAGGCUGCGGUCGGCCCUGCCGUUCAUGGGCGUCGUCAUCCCCGCGUGCGUGCUCAUCUAUGGCUGGGGCAUCGAGAAAGAGGCCGGCGGCAUCCCGCUGGCCGUCGUGACGCUGUUUGUGCAGGGCGUGGCGCAGCUGUUUUGCUUCCCCAGCCUGAACACGUACUGCCUGGACGUGAUGCAGGGCCGCGGCGCCGAGGUCAUCGCGGGGAACUACUUUGUGCGCUACCUCUUUGCGUGUGCCGCCACGGCCUGCGUGCUGCCCGCUGUCGAGGCGAUUGGCGUCGGCUGGUUCUCGACCAUCACGGCGCUGUUCCUGAUUGUCAGUACGGCCGCGACGCAAGCGACCAUCUGGUGGGGGAAGGGCUGGCGGGAAAGGGUGGACCGAUGGCGCAGGGCGAGGAGACUGGCCGAGCAGACUGUCGCGAGGAAGGAACUCGGCUGCAGGGCCAACGGGGCAUAA